AUGGGUCGCACUGCCUUGGGGCUCUUCGUGGGGCUCGUCCUGCUCGGGUUCGGGGCCGGAGCGGGCUGGCGGCGGGGGGUCCGGAGCUACCCACACCUGCAGGGCGACGUGCGCUGGAGACGGCUCUACUCCGCCAACCACUUCUUCCUGCGCAUCGGCCGAGACGGCAAAGUGGACGGCACUCGGCAGAAGGAGAACCCCGACAGCGUCAUGGAGAUCCGCUCCGUCAACGUGGGCACCGUGGCCGUCCGCGCCACCCACAGCGGCUACUACCUGGCCAUGGAUGGCAAUGGGAGGAUCUACGGAACGAAAUCCUACGGCCCCGACUGCAAGUUCCAAGAGCGCAUCGAGGAGAACGGCUACAACACCUACGCCUCCCUACUCUGGCGCCACCGCGGACGGCCCAUGUUCCUCUCCCUCAACGCCCGUGGUUCGCCUCGCUGGGGGGCCAAGACCCGGAGGCAGCAGCCCUCGACCCAUUUCUUGCCCAUCCUUGCCUUCUGA